GCGCUCGGUCAUCCGUUGGCGCUGCGGGGUUCUGGCUGGGGUUUUGCAGGAGGGGUUUGAGGGAUUUUAUGCUUCAGCCCUUCAAGCAGUGUUUUCCUUUGUAGGAGUCCAGUGUGAAAUCGCUGCAAAAGCAGGGAUGAUUAUACAAAGAGUAGUGCUGAAUUCAUGCCCUGGUAAGAAUGGGGUGCCAGUGCCUGAAAACUUCAGACUGGAGCAAAGUACAAUACCAGACACAGUGCAGGAGGGACAAGUACGUGUUAGAACCCUGUAUCUCUCUGUGGAUCCAUACAUGCGCUGCCGAAUGAAUGAAGAUACGGGUUCAGAUUACCUCCUGCCUUGGCAGCUCUCUGAAGUUGCUGAUGGUGGGGGCAUUGGGGUGGUGGAGGAGAGCAAGCAUAAUAACUUCGCUAAAGGAGACAUUGUCACUUCCUUCAAUUGGCCCUGGCAGACAGUGGCCAUUCUGGAUGGAAGCUUGCUACAAAAGGUUGUUCCACAACUUGUGAAUGGACACCUUUCCUACUUUCUUGGUGCGGCUGGAUUGACAGGACUGACAGCCUUGCUAGGUAUAAGAGAGAAAGGCCAUGUGACUGUGGGUGCCAAUCAGACCAUGGUGGUGAGUGGAGCAGCUGGCGCCUGCGGUUCUUUGGCUGGCCAGAUUGGCCGUCUGGACGGGUGCUCUAGAGUUGUGGGUAUUGCUGGCACAGAUGAAAAGUGCUCCAUUUUGGUCUCAGAAAUGGGGUUUGAUGCUGCUAUCAAUUACAAGAAAGGGAAUGUGGCACAGCAGCUCCGUGAACUCUGCCCAGGUGGUGUGGAUGUUUACUUUGACAAUGUUGGUGGAGAGAUCAGUGAUACAGUUAUAAACCAGAUGAAUCAGAACAGCCAUAUCAUCCUGUGUGGACAGAUUUCUCAGUAUAACAAAGAUGUGCCUUAUCCUCCUCCAUUGCCUCCUGACACAGAAAAAAUACAGAAAGAAAGAAACAUCACAAGAGAAAGAUUCUUGGUGUUGAACUACAUGGACAAACAAGAAGCUAGCGUAUCACAACUCUGUCAGUGGAUCCAAGAAGGUAAACUGAAGGUCAGAGAGACAGUGGUAGAAGGCUUAGCGAAUAUUGGUGCUGCUUUCCAGUCCAUGAUGAAUGGAGGCAAUAUUGGAAAACAGAUCGUCCUAGUUUCUAAGUAAAAGUCAUUGCUUGGGGAAAAGUAAACGAUUCUAUCCAUAGUAAUAAACAAGUUUUACUUACAGUAACUACCACCUUAAAUAUACAAUUGUUCUUUAUGUACUAAAAGCAGAUAUUUUAGGAUGCUAAGGCAAAAACCAUGCUAAUAAACUGAACAGAAUUGGAAACAGGAAUGCAA